AAGUCAUUCCAUUGUUCAGGUAAGGGCCAAUCAACAAGUCAAACCGGUAGAACAUCAAAGUACAGUUAAACCACAGGAAGAGAACAGGAGGUAAAACCAUCAACAAGUACAGUCGGGUGACUACAGCGAUUUCUUUUUUGACAACAUGAACGUGCUGACUGAAAAGAGGAUCGUCCUACUGGGAAAAACUGGAGCUGGGAAAAGCAGCCUGGCUAACAUCAUAUUUGGAGAGGAACUGUUCACAAUCAACUCUACUUUCAACUCUGGAACAGGACAAUGUCAAUCAGAAACCAAAUCUAUCAACGGAAGAAACAUCACUUUGAUCGACACUCCUGGUUUCUUUGACACAGAUAGAUCUGAGGAGGAGCUGAAGCCUGAGAUAGUGAGGUGUAUCACAGAGUGCGCUCCUGGGCCUCAUGCCUUUCUCAUUGUGCUUAAAGUGGAGAGAUUCACAGAGCAGGAGCAGGCUGUCGUCACUAAAAUAUGCCAAUAUUUCUCUGAAGAUGCUCUAAAAUAUGCUGUAGUGGUCUUCACUCAUGGUGACCAGCUCCCUGAAGGAAUGAAGAUUCAGGAGUUUGUCCAUCAGAAUAAGAAUCUGAGUGAUCUGGUGAAGAAGUGUGGAGGUCGUUGCCACGUCGUUGAUGAUAAAAACUGGAGGAACAACAAAGGGGACGCCUACAGAAAUAAUCAGUUCCAGGUGGCAGAGCUACUUAACACACUAGACAAGAUGACUGAGGCAAACCAAGGAAAGUGCUACACCAAUGAGAUGCUACAAGCAGUGCAAAGAGAAAUUCAGAGAAAGGAAGAGUGCAUUAGACAGUCAUCAGGGAACAUGUCACUGGAAGAGAUCAGAAAUAAUGCUAAAAUGAGUGUUUAUGACAUGUUAAUGAUCAGAUCAGCAGGGUGUGCAACAGGUGCAUUGUUAGGAGCUUUGCUCGGUGUGGCAGACAUGGUUAAACAUUUUCAGGACCUUUCACAGGUUUUAGCAACAAUAGGAGAGGGACAAAAGGUUGCUUCUGCCGCUUUAAGUGGGGUAGUAAGUGGCGGUGCGAUAGGAUUUAAUGCAUCUGAAGGAGCAGAAACACCUAUGGAAGCCAUACAGAAGGCAGCGAAUGCCGUCUGGAAUCAAUCUGGAUUUUCAGCAGAUCAAAAGAACAAAUAAGCAUCUGCACAAAAAGAGUGGAGGAGGAAGGUGAUGUUUUUUAUAUAAAAUAUAUAAUCAUUCAUGUCUAUUUUGAAUAUCAGUGAGAUUAGUGUUCUACCAUUACACAGUAAAUGCAUUUAAAAAUAUGACUUAUGACAGCAUGUUAUUAUAUUAAAAGGAAAAUCUAAAUAUAAUUCUAUUAGAAAAUGGGUGAAGACAUAAUGAAUAUGAAUUAAAAUAUCAUUAGGGUCAUGUGAUUACUUUUUAUUUUAAGAUGGAGGUAAUAUAAUAUGAAAUUAUCUAUUUCUUUUAUGAUUCACAUUACUUUGAGAUGCUGAAUUCCUUAGAUUAAUCACAAUCAAUUAUAUCUGGGAAAGAUGGAGGACAUUUAAUGUGACAGUGUGAUAACUUCCAUGAAUGUGCUGUUUAGUGUUUGUAUUGUACAUACAAGUCAUUUAACAAUUAAACAGCUGUGUAUGUAUAUA